AUGAAGAUGGGUAACCCACAAUCAUCAUCAGUCUUAAUGGAAAGAACAACCGGAGCUGCCGUUGUAACCGUGGCUGCAAAAAUGGAGACGGUCUACGAGAGGGUGCACCAACUAGCUAGUUGUAACGCGGUGGUGGUGUUUUCGGUAAGUGGAUGUUGUAUGGGACAUGUAGCCAAGCAACUUCUUGUGGGCCUAGGGGUUGGCCCAACUGUGGUGGAAUUGGACCGAGACACGGCGGGGCUAGAGAUUCAUGCUUUACUCUACCGCCUAGCAUCAGCAGGGAACGAGCAACAGCAGCCCGUUCCCGCUAUCUUUGUAGGUGGCAAGUUUCUUGGGGGAAUUGAAACGCUCAUUGCUUGUCAUAUCAAUGGUACUCUUAUUCCUCUUCUUAAGGAUGCCGGUGCUCUUUGGCUUUAG